GAAAGCUUCAUAACACCUAUAAAAGGGCGAAAGCAGACGAAGCCACAUAGCAGUAUGGCAGCACUUGGAGAACAGUUUAUCAUCACAGCUUUAUGGUUGUGCUCGAUGUUUGCGACUUCACAACAAGCACAGUGCGACAAUCACGAUGACUACUUAAUUGAUUCUACCGGCAGAGACAUCAUCUUAGAAAUCCACAAUCAGAAAAGGGAGUCCACAGCUAAGGCUGGAUACAAAAAUGGUGUUAACACCUUCAACAUAAGAUAUGCAAAGAACAUGCUGGAAAUGAAAUACGAUUGUGAUUUGGAAACCAGUGCACACCAGAUUGCCUCCGCAUGCCCUCAGACAGAAACUUCCCAAACAUCACUUACGGAUGAGGGUGAAAACUAA